AUGUCAGAAUUUAACUAUUCCUACAGAAAAGCCCUUAUGCUGUAUGUCCCACCGUCAAUUCGACCACCAAAUAUGAAACAUGACCCACCUCUACUUACACAACCUACAUCUGAAAAUGAAUCAUCACAACGAGAUAAACAUAUUCCCGGGCCUAGUGAUGGGUAUACCUACGCCAGUGUUACAAAAGCACCCCCGGAAAAAAACGGGAAAAAGCUCUAA